UCUGUUUUCUUGAAAUCGCGUCACUUCCACCUUUUUCUGGCUCGUUUCGUUUGGCUGGCUCUCACUGACGGCGGGUGAGUUGUUGGCGAUUCGGAACGAGGCUCGGCAAAAGAUGCGGCGUUGGAUCUGGGCCCGCUAUCGUGCCAGACGCCUUUGGCUGGGUUUUCGCUCGCGCGCUCCGAGCCACUCCAUACAAACCAACAUGUCCUGUAUGGUGGCACGUGGGGGACGCCGAACGGCCGUAUCCGGCAAGUCUGGGGACGGCCCGAAAGGCCCAUCGGCUGUGGAAAAAACGGGUGCAAGUUAUGAGCUGCACAUCAGGAGAGCCUUGCGGUUUUUAGCCCUUGCGGUUUUUAGCAAUAGCGCAUUUUCAACCAGACCCUGGUUUCAAGAUUGGCGUGCAGGCUCUUCGCCGGCCAAGUGGCUGCGAAGGUGCCGGCCGUCUGAAGGCAGUCUGAUAUCCGUCUGAUAUCAGUAGAAGACACCGUCGCUCGGAGCUGGGUUUCCCCGCUGACCCUGCAUCAAAAUCCUCAAUUUUUUUUCAAAAAAAUAAC